CAGGAGUUAGACUUUUACCUCAACUUUUCAGAGCAGGAAGUCCAGAAUAUAAGUGCUCACCAGUGCAUGGAGAACACAGACUUGAGGAUAUGUCCAAAUUCUGGAGCAAUCUGAACCUAGAUUUCAAGAUUUGCAUUUGACUUCUUUAGGAUUUUCUCCAAGGUUUUGGAGUAGCAUCCUGGUGAUGAGAGCUGUUCUGGACAGUUGUGUGUUUGACUCCCUUCUCAUGAUCUCAGUUCAGGAUCCUGGCCAGAGAGCUCCACAGGCCUUCCUGUUUCAGUGUGAGGAGAUUGGGGCUCAGGAGGUGGCAAAUGAUCUGGAAAAGGCAAUACAGCAAGGAGGGGUUACCAUUCCACUGCUUAUAGAACCACAGAUGGACAUCAAGAGCCAUUUGGAAAGGAUGAUUGGUUGGGGUUAUCCAGGGAGCAUGAACAGACCAGCUGCAUGCAGUCAAACCCUACUCCCCCAGAAUUCCCACUUUCUCUGUACAGCAACUAUGAAGACUAUGAUGGUGAGUCAGUAUCCUCCCAACAUCCCUCCCACAGUGCUGAAUCCACUGCUCACAGAAAAAGCUCUACAUCUCCUGGGAAAAUUUAUCAAACCAAAUGAGGACGUACUGUGGGGCAGUUUGGAUGACGCGUGGAGCAUUCCAAGAUCCAAAUGGCCAAACGGGGAUCAGAGCCCUCCUUAUUACCCCGAAUUUUAUGACGGCUGGCAGCCACUCCAGCCCGGCCCAUCCCAGUCCCCUCCCGCCAGCAGGCAGCUGUCAUGGAGCAAUAGCGAGCGUUUCCCACUCGGGAAUGUCAUGCAGAGGUCAUCAGAGCAGGAAAACGGAGCCUGGAAAACACGAUCCAUGCGGUCAGCUGAGCUGCCGCUCUACAUGAGGGUGCUCUAUUACUUCAUGGCAUGCUGGGUGACAUGGUGCAGGACAAUCCAGAAUCUUGGGGUGUUCAAUGGAGCAAUGUUGCUCGGAAUGAAACGGGAUGAUAUGAGAGCAAUAUGUCCUGAGGAAGGAGGUUGAGUCUUCUUCCAACUGCAGAGCGUCAGAUCCACCAUUGCGGUAAUGCAGCUCCAUUUGUUUAAAGUAAACUCUCACAUCUUUUACAAAUUCAGUUAUUUAUAAAGCGCUUUUCAUUGAGGUGAAGUGAUUCACAGUAUUCAGUGUUUCAAAUGUUUUUAGUGUCUGAGGCAGAGCACACAAAUGUCAUCGUUGUCCAUUUCCUUUGCAGCUUGCCACUGGCUUAAUACAGUCAGUAUGGUGACCGCUGAUAAUCUGAGGACAUUGGUGCAUUUUGAUAUAAAGAAUCUGAAUGUGUCUGGACCUGAAUAAACAAGAACUAUUCAGUAAAAACCUCAACAUUUCCAUUCAUUAAGAGACAUACAGUAUCAUAGUUAUAUCACCUUUCACAGAUGCAAAUGAUGUAUACGUUUAAAGCAUUCAUUAUAUUUAUUUGAUACAUUGUUCCAUUAAAUUGAUUUCCACUGAUGUCACUGGGGUGGGCACUUUUUAAAUUGAAUGUUAUUUAGCUGU